CGGCCCUUCACACGCCGCCCGAUGCAUUGGCAAUGACAUUGGGAGCAGUCCUCGACGCUCGCGCCACGUGCCAAGAUGCCUCGGCGACCGAUACUUGUAAAAUAGUUCGACUAGAGUUUGGAACACAUGAAGGGCAACAAGGUAUCCUCAGCAUCAGAGACCCGGCUGAUCGAGGUGGGCGCGGCGGCGGACGGCAAAAAGCACAACAAGAUCAAGACCUCCCGGUACACCCUCCUCAUGUUCAUACCGCAGAACCUCACCGAGCAGUUUAGGAGGAUCGUCAACUUUUACUUCCUCGUCGUCACUUUUAUAGCCAUCGUUAUUGACAGCCCGGUGUCACCGCUGACGAGCAUCGCGCCGCUCAGCUUCAUGGUGAUGGUGACGGCCGUGAAAAACGGUUACGAGGACUGGCUACGGCAUAAAGCUGAUGGCCGAGUCAACAACCAGAUUGUUGAAAUACUCCAGCGCGGCGUGAUCAAAGAGGUCCGUAACUCCUCCAUUGCACCAGGCACGUUAGUACGAGUAAAGCGAGGCAAGGAGGUCCCAGCAGACUUGGUGCUGCUGUGCGCAGAGGGAGAGAAGGGUAAAUGCUUCGUCACAACGGCGAAUUUGGAUGGGGAGACCAAUCUGAAGACGUUGAGGGUACCGCCUCCGCUAGUGGGGUAUACUCCUGACGUCCUGCCCCAAGGCAUGAGGAUCGAGGUCCCCAACCCGGUGGCAGACCUGUACACGUUCUACGGCCGCCUGGAGAUCCCCAGCAUGGAGAGUCUGCCCCUCACCACGGACAACCUGAUGCUGCGGGGCUCCAGGGUCAAGAAUACUGAGUGGGCUAUCGGGUGUGCGGUGUAUACAGGCGAAGAAACCAAACUGGCGCUCAACUCAAAAUACGCCGGCAACAAAUUCUCGUCCUGCGAGCUCGCAGUCAACGGCUUCCUCUGCGUGUUCAUCGUGAUCCUCGUUCUCGAGGUCUUCAUCAGCUUCGGCCUGAAGGUCUACAACGACAUCCACUAUCAGAACAGGGAUCUGUACCUGGGCCCUAGCCUGUACGGCGGGACGGCGGCUGUCUCGGUCGCAGGUGUGCUGCAGGAUAUAUUUUCGUUCUUGCUGCUCUACUAUUAUAUCAUUCCGAUGGCGCUCUACGUUACUAUUGAGCUGUAUAAGUUUACUGGCGCGCUAUUCAUCGGUUGGGACGAAGAGCUCCGUUGCGAGGAGACCGGCAAGCCAGCCAUCGCCAACACCUCGGACCUGAACGAAGAACUGGGGCAGGUCGAGAUCCUCUUCUCCGACAAGACUGGCACACUCACCAAGAACAUCAUGGUGUUCAAGGCUUGCUCCAUCAAAGGGAUGAUAUAUGAGGAGAGGGAUAAGCUGCUUUACGAUACUGGGAGGUUUGAAGAACCCGUGGAUACUAGGCAGGCAGACAUCAGAUUCUUCUUCAAAAUCCUCGCUCUUUGCCACUCAGUCCAGAUAUCCAAUGAAGACAUGAAACGACUCAGCGCUCGCCUGUCCAUGACCGGAGAUCUUCAACUUAUGAACAUGUUUAGGAGAAAGAAACCUAAAAAAGCUGUGCCUAAUGGAAAUGGCGUAGUUGAUACGUCUACAUGGAAUGCUAUGAUGAGUGUUAACAACGUUGGGCACAUCGAUUAUCAAGCCAGCAGCCCUGAUGAGAAGGCUCUAGUCGAAGCAGCCGAUAGACUAGGCGUCACGUUUCUGGGCGAAGACGGAAACAAUCUAAUAGUUAAAAUGGGAGAUGAGACUGAAAUGUACGAGAGGUUGCAGAUUAUCGAAUUUACAUCGGAGAGGAAAAGGAUGUCUGUAGUUUUAAGGGAUAAAGAUGGCAAGAUCUGGCUGUUUUGCAAAGGUGCAGAAAGCUCGGUGUUCCCGCUGUGCGUCAACCAGAUCAUGGUAGACGACACUAAUGUAGACAUCAACUCGUUCGCUAACAAAGGUCUGCGGACCCUCGCCAUCGCGUACCGGGAGAUACCUGAUGAGGAGUACGAAAAGGUUUUCGAAUUAAUAAAGAAACAAGACGUCAAGAGCGCGGAAGCUCUACAGCAAGUAACACACCAGUUCAGGAUGCUAGAGCGAGACUUGACGUUAGUAGGUGCGACGGCAGUAGAAGACUGCCUGCAGGACGACGUGGCAGAUACGUUAGCAUCACUACGUCGCGCGGGACUCAGGAUAUGGGUCCUAACAGGGGAUAAGGUAGAAACUGCAAUAAGCGUAGCUCAGUCCUGCGCACACAUCUCAGAAAACAGUAGACAAAUGUACAUAAUAGGCGUAGACAACGUCGAAGCAAUCAAGUCACAUUUAGAAGAAUGCAAGCGAAUAUUAGCGGAGCCGAGCUACAAAGACAUGGCUCUUGUAGUCGACGGGAAGAGUAUGAGUUGUAUUUUGGAUAAGCCCGCGGCUCCCGAGUUUGCUGAGAUAUCUUUGCAGUGCAAUGCUGUGUUGUGCUGCAGACUAUCUCCUUUACAGAAAGCUAAAAUAGUAAAACUAAUAAAGCACAGUCCUUCGAGGCCCAUCACCGCGGCCAUUGGUGAUGGAGCUAACGACAUAUCCAUGAUUCACGAGGCCCACGUGGGUUUCGGGAUUUUUGGGAGGGAAGGCUACCAAGCCGCUAGAUCUGCAGACUUUGCUUUUACAAAGUUCUCCAUGGUGAAGAAGUUCCUAUUAGUAAUGGGUCACUGGUAUUACCAAAGAUUAGCUACUUUAAUACAAUAUUUUUUCUAUAAGAAUAUAGUACUCGGAAAUUUAAUGUUGUUUUUCCAAAUAAACAGCGCGUGGUCGACUCAGUCAAUAUUUGACUCGCUGUAUCUGACGUUUUUCAAUUUAUUUUUCACGGCGCUGCCGUGUCUGGUUCUCUCCGUUACUGAGCAGAGGUGGCCCAAAGAAUUACUCCUAAGAGAUCCGACGUUAUACCGAGACAUAAGCAGGAACAAGCUCAUGUCGUGGUCGCGCUUCUCGGCUUGGCUGCUGAUAGGAGUGUACCAUUCCGUGAUUAUUUAUACGUUCGGCGCGCUGGCGAUAAAACACUCCGUGAUCAACGCCGACAUGAAGGCUAUGGACGUUUGGGUUUUCGGAGCCGUCCUGUUCCACCUCCUGGUCCUCAUCACGAACCUGAAGCUGUGGCUGCAGGCUCGCUACCACACGUUCUACUUCGUGCUUAGCAUCUUGUUCUCAGUGUUUUUCUACAUCGGCUUCAACCUCGGCUACUCUCUUAUAAACUUACAAAUAGACGGCGCAAUCCUCGGCACGUACACCCGGCUGUGCUCGUCCCUGUCCUUCUGGCUGCUAAACGUGCUAGUUGUAGUCACAACACUAGUACCCGACUAUUGUUAUCGAUACUUCUCAGACAGUAAGAGCAAGCGGUUCGUUGAUACCGGUGGCACUGUCUUUACCACUAGAAUGUGAAAUAGUGUCUCUUGAGGCUU